AGAGGCUAAAGCAACAAGACUUUCCCGCCGCCAUCAUACUUCUGGUUUCUCAACGCAGUCUUUCGACUCCUUCGGCAGUAGGCGGGGCCGGAUUUAGGUUUGACGAGGCCCUAAGCUACUGAAGGUAAUGGGACCCUUUAUAUGUCCAGUUGCCUUUUGUCAACAACAAAUUGUCGUUCUAUUUUGUGUUGAAUAUAUGCUAUAUGGUAAUUUAUGGACCUAAUAGGUAUCUAAAGCCAUUUGCACAUGCAGAAUGUAGGCCCCCUAUAUAUAGAAAUGAGCAAACCAGUGAUAUUUUAGGAAGCAGGCUAGCAGGCAGGGGCCAUUACUUACAUCAUACUACACAACACAAAACACUGUUGCUAUAUGUAGGUUUUAUUUUUUACCUUAUAUUUUGGAAAUGUACAUCCAGGGGUUUUUUCCUUUACAUUUUUUGGGGGCCUCCAAGUGAGUGGGGCCCUAAGCUAUAGCUUGUUCAGCUUAUACCUAAAUCUGGCACUGGUUAGGGUAAGAAUGAUGGAGGUACACUGGGCAGCGGAUGGUUGUGCUUAGGCAGCCAUAACCCACUCCUCCACAACAAACAAUACUUUUUCUUGAUUGGUUACUCGAACAGAACUCUGAGGUUUGGAAAUAGAACUGACUCUUGUCGGGUGCAGUAGAAGGCAGAGAAAUGGUUUUUGCAUGAAUGCAGCUGGGUGGUUAUUUCAAAAGAAACAAACAUUUUACUUUUUUCAAAAAAACGAAAACACUCAGUGCGCCUGGUUCUUGUGAGGCAGUUGGCGGAAAUCGCCGGCCUUCCUCUAAGCCGUUGCCCUUCAGUUGUUGCUUUUUGGCAAGGAUGUAAUCAUUUCCCGGAGUCAAAGACAGAAUUAUUUCAAAGCAGUGCAGCGAAAGGAGGGCUCGUAACCUUUCACUCUUGAAUGGGUUUUUCAUAAGUAAAUAGAAGUUUCGCUUCCUUGCCCCGCACAUGGAGGAUUGUGAGCGCUGUAAUCGGGAACCGGAGAUCCUUCUGGAAAGCCAUUCUACGAGUGCCCUUGGGCUGGCGUGAUACCCGGAUAUGAGGAGGCGUUCUAGUCGCUUCCCUUUUCUCUCUCUGGCUCAGUGUUAUUCGGCGCCGGCCGGGUGACAUGAGGAACCUGCGCGGGUGACACCGACGCUGCCUCGAGCGGAGCCCUCCCCCUCCCCACGCCACUUUGUUCGCGCGCGCCGCCGCCUCGCCUGCCCACCUGGCGCCACGGCCCCAAAGCGCCUCGUCCUGUGAGGGGGCAACUUGGCCGACCUCCUCCUCCUCCUCCUCAAGAGGUACUGUAAAUGACAAUCCUCCUGCCCUUCCUCAAGCAGCCGGUGGGGAGGGGCGGGGAUAAAACCAGAAAGAAAUAUACGGAGGCUGUGGCCUUUCCCCGCCUGAGUCUCCCUCCCCCUCCCCCCCGAACCCCAGUUCGGCUAUCGGGACCCCGAGAGAGAAGGAAACCGACGGGGGUGCGCCCGUUUCUCGCCUAUGGGAAUUUUGGCUUUGUUGGAAGCGCCUUGGGGAAGAGGAGCAACGCCUCCCCCCACUUAUCCCCCCCCCCGCGCGCCUCAAAACACUCCUUACAUUCUUUGUAUUUGCAAGCUCGACUCCCCUUUCUUUUUCCCAUGGAGCCCCGAAGCGGUGCAUAGCGGAUUAGGGAUUUCUGGUGUCAAUAGGCAACAUGGGCUUGGGCCGCAGCCUUUUAACUACGGACUUAGAAGGGAGCCCCAUUCAGUUCAGUGGGGUUCGCUCGCAGGUAACAUGGCCUCCCUCCAGCUCCCCGCUUCUCUCCCUCUCACGGGCAAAUCUGGCUAUUGUUCUGCUAGGUACUAGCCAGGUGAGGGGGAGGGGGAGAAGGGAAGUGGCACAAAGCCACUUCUUUGGAUGUGUUAAACUUCUUUGGAUGUGCUAAAUCGUACCCAUUGCAUUGAUAAAGGAACUGGUUUGGCAAGCUCCUCUUUACGGUCUACCAUCGUAAGACAGCACAACCCAAGAUUUUGUAGGAGUUCAGGAUAUCACCUGAACUGACCAUAAACAGUAUCCGAUGUUGUGUAAGUGGCACUUACUUCACACAACAAGAUUUUGCCUUCCUCUUCUCGCAGCCCCCUCCCCCCAUCCCUCUGGAUCAGAUUUUAAGGGUUUGUGGGGAGAUGAGGGAGAAAUCAUAGAAUUGUAGAGUUGAAAGGGACCACAAGGUUCAUCUAGUCCAACCCCCAUGCAGGGUUCUCUUUGCCCAACAUGGGACUCAAACGCACAACUCUGUGAUUAAGUGCCUCGUGCUCUACCGAGUGAGGGAAGUUCCGUUGUACAAGCGGGGUGGCUGUGUUGAAUACAAAUCAAAGUGUGUGUAUGAAAGAUACAAUAUAAUGUCCAUAUGAGGCACUUAAUGAUGAAAAUGUUUAUAAUGGGCAUAAAUCUAUGGCCUUGUGUACAAAACCUGGCCUUUGGUACAAGUCAGGUGGUCUCACAGUUGGGGUAGUGUGGGCUUUUGUGAUAACAGGUAAAGGUAAAGGGACCCCUGACCAUUAGGUCUGAUUGUGGCUGACUCUGGGAUUGUGGCGCUCAUCUCGCUUUAUUGGCCGAGGGAGCCGGCGUACAGCCAGUAUGUGGCCAGUAUGACAAAGCCGCUUCUGGCAAACCAGAGCAGUGCACGGAAACGCCGUUUACCUUCCUGCCAGAGUGGUACCUAUUUAUCUACUUGCACUUUGACGUGCUUUCGAACUGCUAGGUUGGCAAGAGCAGGGACCGAGCAACGGGAGCUCACCCCGUCUUGGGGAUUCGAACCGCCGACCUUCUGAUCGGCAAGUCCUAGGCUCUGUGGUUUAACCCACAGCACCACCCACGUCCCUGUAGCCAUAGGCAAUAUUGGAAUCGCUAAUGCUCCAGAGAUAGCUUGAUCCAGGACUUGAGAAGGAAGCUUUAUGUGACUUACUUUUCAGUUCAAUCUGAGAUAUGCUACAGAUUUAAUUACACAACAAAAACAUUACUUCUUCUUCUUCUUCUUGUUGCUCCCAGCACAUACCUGUUUGCCAUUGCUCUGUGCACUUACAGGAACUAUUUGUUUCAACUAUCAAAUAAAUACUUGCUUUGAGAAAAAAACAGAUACAUAUUGUUAUCUGUCUAUCUUGAUCCACCAUGCUGCCAGAUAGCUAAAGUAGCUCUAAAGAUAUUAGAGAUAACCAAUUAGGUUUCCCCUCAGUAGUACAUAUACCUCUCACACAUCCUUUUUUUAAAUAAAAAAAAAGUUUAAGGAAGUUUGUACUUGUUCUCAUUUCUUGCUAUUGUAAUUAAGAGAAACUUACACAGGAGACAAAUUAUCAAUUUUUCCUCUUAAAUAUGGUGACACUAAUAGUUUGAGUCUAUAGAUUUGUUCCUGAUCAAUCAGUGGUAAGAAAAACAUAGGUUUCAAAAGGAGACUUGAUAACACACAGUAUUCCCCCCCCCCCCAAAGCAUGCAAAAUGGCAAAAAUAAUAGAAAUUUCAAAAUAACUUGUGCACGGUAAAAUGGCAUUAUUAGAAUCUGAAGUAGAAUAAGGCCUGGAGGAGUCUGAGAUGGUUAGAAGGAAUGCUUAUCCUUAAAUGUUGAUGCUGUGCUCUUCAAGACAAAUCCUGUUAAAAUUUCAUUUACUUUAGAAUAAUUAGAAUCAAAUCAAGAGCGCAACAUACAGAGCAGCUUGAAGCUGAGUCAGGCAGGGGAAAGGAACCUGUGAUCUCCAACUCCCAUCAGCCUCAGCCAGCAUGACCAGUGGGUCAGGGAUGUUGGAACUGUAGUUUAACAACAGCUGGAAGGACAACAGCUCACCAUCCCUGGAAUAAUUUUGUGCCCUAUUUAAUUUGCAUAAAAUGUGUAUAUUAUUUAUUACCUGAAACUCUUGCUUAUUUGAUAUAUGGUUCACAAAAUAUCUGCAGCUUCCCAUAGAAUUAGAAAACUAGUUGAAAAUUUGAACGCAUGUUCUUGGAAAUAAGUUUCACUACUGUAAUGAAAUACGACUGAGGGAUAACUGUAAAACACUGUCAUUUCCAAUAAUAUUUUGUUGUUUCUGUGUUUAUAGGAGAUAUGUAAUGCUCUCCUUGGAUGCAAAUUUAUAAGGAAUGUGUUUUUCACAGAUCAGCACAUUUCUUCAGCUGAGACAGAGUUUAUUUAUAAAGCAGUACCUGUGAGUAAGCCAAGUCAUCAUGUUAAACUUUGCAUUUAAGUUCUAUUUUUUGCAGAAAUAGUUGGAAAUACUGUAUAAAUGACUUAAUACUUGUCUUUUUCAGAAAUGGCAGCACAGAAAAGAAAAUCUGUGCUGGUAGAACCCCCUGCUAAGCGGCAGAAACUGGAUAAGAAUAGUAAAUCAGUAUCAACUAGCAAAGGAAAAAAAGUGCUUCAUGCCAAAUCAAAUAAAAAUACUGUGUUGAAGAAAGAAAUGCACAAAGUCUCUACAAAAACUAACAGGACAGCUGUCAAUAACUCCAUAAACAGAUCCUCUAAACCAUCCUCCCAAACUAAACGAGCACAGAAGUAUUCCAGACAGACUUCAAAUGAAUUAAAGAAGAAAAGUUGUAAAGCAGUACGUGUGAAACAAACUUCCCUAAAGCCUAUAGGAAAAUUAUCUUCUACGAAAGCAUCCCUAAAAUCUUCCAAAAUAAACCAUGGUAACCAUCUGAGCUGUACAAAGACUUCCUCCAAACGCACUUCUACAGGGAAGGAAAAAUCCAGUGCCGUCAAAAGUAAGACUUCUCGUGAAACCAAGAAGCAAAAGAAUUCAUCUGCAGAUAUUAAAAAGUGUUCUACUGAAGCUCUGUGUAAUAGACGUUCAGCAUUGCACAAUAGAGCUACUCAUAAGAACUUGUCCUCUGAAUCAAAAUCGAGGGUAGAAAAUUCCAAAAAGGGUAGAACUACUAAAGCCACUAAAUUCCUUAAAAGUAACAAGGUUAACUUUGAGGUUCAGAAUUCCAAAAAAUCUUGUGCAAAAAAAUCAGCUUCUCAAAGCAUUGAACAGAUGCGGACUAAAACUUUCAGUGAUAAAAAAGCUUGUGAAUCUGACAAAGGGAAAAAACCUACAAGGUCAACAGAUACUAAUUCUAAAAAAAGUACUGUUAGAAAUACAGAAGAGCAGCUGCAUGUCAGAAAAGCUAAAGAUGUGUCUUGGAAGGAGACUGUGCAGGAUGUUCCUCAGUCACAACCUGCUGUUUCACAUGAUGAGCAUCAAACUCGAAGAUCACCAAGAUUGCAGCAAGCAUCUAAUGUGCCUACCAUAUCUUUGCGCAGCAGAAAAAUUGAAGGAGGACGUGCUUCUACUCGAAAGCAAUGCACCCAGAUGAAAAAACAGGUUCCAUGUAUUAAAAAUGAAAAGCUGGACUCUGUCCAGCCAAUAAUGGAACAAAAAAUCAUGAAAAGCGAUGAAUAUAAUAAUGGAGAAAUAGAAAUAACAAGUUUUGAGAAAAUUGAUUCUCUGAAACAGAAAAAACAUGAGGUGGGUUCUAAAAUCCAUGAUUUGACCACAUCUGAAGAGAAAGUAAGAGAAUCAAGAAAUAGUCCUGACUGUAGCCUUCAAGAAUCUAAUAAUGGGUCUGUCAACACAACUUCCUGCUCUGUGACAUCAACAUGCAGGGUAAUAAGUAAAGAAAAGGAAUCUGUGCAUAGAAAUGGAAAAAUCAGUGUAAAAGCAAAGAGAGGUUUUUCAGACUCUUUGAGUCAAAAGCCUGCUUAUCAACCAGAGGAUGUGAUGAAGUCAAAAAAGAUUAGCAUUCUGGAGCUAUGUGAGGAAAUUGCAGGUGAGAUUGAGUCAGACACUGUGGAAGUAAAAAGAGAUCAUCCUAAUGCUGAAUGUGGAAAAGAGGAAGAGAGAGAUACUGUAGUGGAGUUGCCUCAAACUGCAGUAUCUACUGAAGAGGAAACUAAUCAGAACUCUCCGUGUAAGCGAUUUUUCCCCAGCAAAAAAGGAAUGUCUGUCAAAUGUACUGUGAAUGGCAGACAUAGUACUGCAAACAAAAACUCUAAAUGGACCAAAAUAAAAUUAGCAAAGGUUAAUCAUGUGAACCAAAGUCCUUCAAAUUCCUCAAGUACACCAGCACUUGGUUUGUUAAAGUGCAAUAUUCCAGAGAAACAACAAGAAGCAGUAGUUGUAGAAAUGCACCUUCCAGAAGCCCAAAGGAAACAGGUACAAUCAGAGGACAAUGGCAACGCAGCACAUGAGCAGAAGUUAAAUAUACCUUGCUCUAAAGGAAUCCAGGCUAAAGACAGGGUGGCUAUAGAAAAUGGUCUCUCUACCCUGAGCCAACACCAUUGCCCUGAGCCAGCCCCAGAUGAGGUAAUCAGUUUUUAAUAUUAUUGUAUGAUGAUUGCACACAUUUAUUAUAUUUCAGCGUCAGAUUAGAAAUGUUUUGUGAGGCAGUUUGUGCAGUUACUUUAAUAUACCAUGGUGCAAUCUGCUUAAAAUGGGUCAUUUCAUCCCAUUACUGCUACUUUUUCUAAAUCAUGUGAAAAAGCUAUUCUGGUCAAUUUCACUUUAAGCAGGUGUGCAUGGUUGGCUGCCCAUAAAAUCUUCUAGCACAUCCAUUGUUGUUUUACAGUACAACAGAAGCUUUCCAAAGCUUCCCCUCAACAGCAAAACCAGACAUCUCUGCAGUGUACCACAGCAUAAUAGCUUUCUGUGGUCAAUAGAAUCAUGUGCAGGGCAGCACCAAGUGCAAAAAGUGAUCCGCAAUAUUUUUGCCACUAGAUUUUUAAAAGCUAAUUUGUGUAAUUCAGUUACUAAAUUAAACAGGAAUAAAUAACGUGAAUGAUUGUUGUUUCCCAAGUGCUGUACUCUUUUUGUCAGUAUUGGAUCUAUUGUCAGAUUGCUAAUAUAGUCAAUUCAUACGGGUUUUUCUAAGUCUGGUUUGGUAAGACACAUAGUGGAAUAGUUUGUCUAAAAUGCUAUGUUUCAAUAUUUUCUUUAGGGCUUCAAUUUACAUUUGGACUCAAGUCCAGAAAGUACGCCAAGGAAAAUAAUUACAGCACAGUCACCAGUGAAGGAAGUAAAAAAAGAAAGAGCAGAAAUAAAACCUCAAGGUGAAUCUUAAAAUACAAGUUCCAUACAUUUUCACAACUUUAUAACAUCUUAUUUGUGUGAAUUAUCAGUAGCUGAAUUACAAGUUGUAUUACAGGAAGCUUGACGGAUUUGUUCAUAAAACUGUAGAAGCAGGAAUUGGAAAAGGCACUGUGUAUCAUCCAUUCCAGCACUAUGCCCUUGACAGGCUAAGCUGAAAGUACCAUGGCAGCUGGCUAGCUACACCACAGCUCAUGGGUCUCAGGCUCUCCUUGCAGGAAUUACACGCAACUUUCCAUGUAAAUUGCUCUAUAUGUCCUGCAAGGGAGGCAAGUGCCCCAGAUCUUUAGAGCUGGACCAUCAACAUGAUCCAAGCACUGUUUGAGCCUGCAGCUGUGACUUUGUGGUGGUGGUGCAGAGAUGGCAAGGAGCAGCGCAUCUGGCCUCAACUAGGAAGGAGAGCUGUAGCACACCAGAUUAUUAUUUAUUAAAUUUCUAUACUGCCCUACACCCGCAGGUCUCAGGGUUGUUACAGCAUAAAAUCACAAUAUAAAAAAACAAAUUAGGUAAUAAAAUAAAAACAAUCCAAUAAGCUCCAGUUGGCUUCACAUUUUCAGGGCAGCUGGAGGGCCACAGUGGGUGUUGCAGAGAGAGACCUCUUGGUCAGCAAGACCCUCUGGCCUUUUGGCUCCCAGUUGCUGUUGAAAAUAAAGAGGUGGAGUUCAUCUAGUCCAGAAAGGAGCUCAGAACUGUGUAGCUAAGUGAUAAUGACUCGCUUGGAGGCAAAAUGAGAUUGGUGUCGUACCAAAUAAACCUUAAGCCAUUUAUACGUGGAAGAGCAAGCCUAAACACAAUCAUGUGCUGUGUGCGUGAGAAAAUAUGAAUGUAUGUGUGAAUGGCCCUACCAACCACUAGUCCAGGCCCUAACCAUCACUGGCUUUGGCCAUGCUGACUAGCAUGUGAUUGCCAACUGCGCAUCCACUGCUAUAUGUCCUUGGGAACGAAAGGGUUGCCCACCCUUCCAAAUAAUGACAUGCAGCAGUUUAUCCCAUUGUUCUUAUUUACCAAGUUCACAUUUCUUUGAAUGGACGCCCUGGUAUGUUCAAAAUUUGUUCACCUCAGACUAUCCCAUUGCUGACUAGACUACUGCUUUUACCGUAGUAUAUCACCUUAAGUAUAAUGCUGGUCUUAGUACUAUAUAUUAAGUACUAAGCUCUUUGGCUACAUGCUAUAUACUGCAAUUCUUGAAUCAUUAUUGGAAGUGCUACUGUGUUGGCAGUUGUUCCUUAAUGUUUGAGUCAUACAAUAGUUCUAACUAGCUUAGUGUUCUCUACUUUCAUGGGAGCUAUCUUGGUGAAGCUUCGGAUUAGGUCUUUCUUAGUCAUGUUGCCUGGGAUUCUUAAGAUUGGAAAUGCCAGGGAUUGAAUUUGGCAUCCUCUACAUGAAAUCUCUCCCACUGAGUUGUGCCCUCUUCCAUUUUUUUCCAUAUGCAGACCACACAUAGCAGCUGUAAUGGUACCUAUUGUGUUCAGUACUGUAUGUUCAAGGGAUUGUGUUUGACUAUUCUGAAUCCAAAAUUGCAUUUGGUUACAAAAGUGGCCAGAUAUAAACCUUCAAUAAUAUAAAACUGUAUGUUGUAAGGCAAAGUUACACAGAAAAUCGAUUUAUUUCAGGCUAAUAUUUGUGUUUUAUUUCUGCAUGUCUGUCAUUCUCUGCCAUCAAACAGAUAAAAUCUCAAAUACUGGGUAUACAUGGGAAAUUAUAUAUAUAUAUGUAUGUGUGUUCAUGUAAGUAAAGUAACACAUUUAUUCCUUUAUAGAUGCAGCUCCCAAGCAGUUGGUUCGGACUCUGUUCACAAAUAAAACCUCUGAGACAAAUGAGAGCAGGUAUCAGUUAGUUGCAUUGCUUGUUGCCUUUGUUCCUGCAGUGAACCUUUUAAAGCUUGUAUUAAGCCCUUCUCACCACAACUAGUGAAAUAGAAUCAUAGAAUUGUAGAAUAGUAGAGUUGCCAGGGAUCACAAGAGUCAUCUCGUCCAACCCCCUGCGAUGCAGGAAUCUUUUUGCCCAGCGUGGGUCUUGGACCCACAACCCUGAGAUUAAGAUUCUCAUGCUCUACCGACAGAAGUUGUUGAUGCAAGAAUACCUUCCUUUUUGUAUUGCCCUUGGUUUUGGAAAAGAAACUUUUAAGUGCCUGCAGAUCCUGUAUGUUCAGGCCUCUAAACUCAUGGGUAUUCUUUCCUCCUGGCAUGAUCAGGCUUUGCCAAAACUAGUACUUCCCCCUGACAUUCCUAUGAAGACUCUGAAACAAAUAUUGCUGCUCCCCAUACCUUUUCUUAUGCAAGCCUUGGUUUUCUUAUGCAAGCCAGAAUAGCCAUACACUAUUCUGUAUAUCAAGUAAUUAGAGGUUUCAAAUGUUAGACGUUGCUAUCUUUUUAUUAUUGAAGUAUUAAACUUUUCUAGACUUAGUUAUGGCUUCCAAUUAGCUUGUUAGCUUAUUGAAUAUAAAUGCAGUUAUUCCUUGUGGGAGUUGUAUGCAAUUUGUAUUGACUGAAGUCCUGAGUGAUGAUAUAAUUAAAAGAUUGCUAUUGAGAAUUCAAAUGUUCAUAACUGUAUGCAACCAUAUUGUUAGGAUAAGCAGGACAUGCUGAACGGUGCCCUCUCUAAAUAGGCUCCACUAUACUUCUUCAUCAUUCAUAGUAAGGAAAGCCCCCCCCCCUUUUUCCCAUAGAUAUUUCUGAUAGUCUGCCAGGCAAAUGACAUAUUAAAGAGAAAUCAUUCCUCCUUGCCUGAGUUUCAUCCCAACCCCACCCUUUGUCCAUGUCUUUUUUCCUAAGGCUACAUUUUCCACCACCCUUGAGGACAAAUGGGAAGCUGCAUAGAACAACCUCCAUUAAUGUUGUACUGCUUGCACAACCCACUGAGAAUCAUAGCAUGGUAGUAACAGACACUAGUGCAGCCUCCCAAACCCAGCAGGCUGGCUUCUCUCGCUGAACUUUUAGAAAGCCAGUAAGUUCCUUAAGGCUCAAGGGAGAAUCAUGAUGGGGUUGGUCAGUUGUGUGUGGUCACCUAGAAGCAAUUCUUAGUUGGCCAAGCAAGUGGUUAUUUACAAUCCUGGUCUAUCAGAUGAGUGUAGGAUUUGCACUUGUCGGUUUUGCUUGUUCUUUAAUAUGAACCAUAUUUUUUUCAACAAAGCAUAGCUAAAGAAUUUUGAACAAUUAAAGAUUUUUUUUGCAUUAAAAUAGGUUCCAGUUACUUCCGUUUAAUAUUUGCAUUUUUAGCUGAAUUUAAGUUCAUAUGAAAAUAUAUAGAGAAAUAGGCAACAUUUUGUUCACUUGAACUGUUUUUAUACUUAAAGGACAUGUUUGCCAAAGAUUGCAUUAGCAUCAAAAUGUGGUGGUAUCCUUUCAUCUGAAGAACAUAUUCGAAAACCAAAAGAUGUAGCAAAAGAUAGCGAUAAGCAGCUGAUCAUAGUAAGUAUUGUGCAUUUUAAGUAUGUUAUGUUGUUCUUGUGCAUAAUUUUAAUCAAAGUACAUCGCGUCCAACUAAGUUUCACGCAGAGUAGACCCAUUGAAAUUAAUGAACUUAAGUCUACUUUGCGUAGGACUAGCGUUGCCUACAGCCCACUGACUAAAUACCCACCCACCAAUGUCAUGGAUGGCGCCCACUUUUAUUCCUCCUAAAUACAUUGAUGGUUAUUAUUUAAUUAUAUAAGGAAAUGAAAAGUGCAAAUUUGGGGGUUUGGUCACAGAGAGGAAAAUUGUGCCUUGUAUUAUUGACCCUUGGUGCCCAGAUCACUACUGACAGGUAUUGUUCCAUGAGUGAACAAAAUAGAAACUCACCUCCAUACUCUCUCUCACAUUAGCAUUUUGCUGGUUUGUGUAUGAAAUACAGGAUUCAAACAAAUCAGUUGAUUGAGAAAGGCUUGUCCUCAUACUAAUGGAAAGUAGUGUAAAUUUGAGCAACAUGGAGUCAGCAGGGGUUCAUGUUUUUGUAAACUGCCUAUUGUGUUUAGAAACUUUGUUUAAUGUGCAUAUUACUGCUCCUGAAUGAGCACUAUAUUUACUUUUUAAUAUAGGAUGCAGGACAAAAGCGAUUUGGAGCCAUUUCCUGCAACAUUUGUGGGAUGCUCUAUAGUGCUUCAAAUCCUGAGGAUGAAACUCAACAUCUACUCUUCCACAACCAGUUCAUAAGUGCUGUAAAAUAUGUGGUAAGAACAUUUCUUUCAUAUAACAUUGUAUGCUUUGGAGCUUUUGCUAUGGAUUAACCAGAACAGCGUUUACUGCUGGAUACAGACUAUUUAACAAUUACCCUAAAAAAGUGUAGGAAAGUGUUAGAUCCAUUUAAAUGUGUUUUUGAAUGCUAGUCAGUAUUAAUGUAUCAAUGCUAAUUCAUCAUACCUUUUCAAGUGUUUUUUCUGGUCCUGGUAUUUUUUCCUAUGCAUCAGUACAGUAUUACAGUAUAUGACUAAGCACUCAAGAAUGGACUAAUCUAGUCAGUAGUUUCUCUAUUUGCAUAAAACUGUAAAUAUGUGUAAAUUAGGUAUGGCCAUAUUUUCAAGUAACUUGGCUAAUCGAAAAUGCUAAAAUUUCCGUAGUCUGACUUUUAAUUUCAAAAAUUGCACACAAAACAAAACUGCUAUUAGUCUAAAUAUAAUAUGCCCCUGUAACUUCCAUUAAAAUCAGUGAAGUUUGUUUUCUUUAUCAUACAUGUUACCUUCCGUACAUUGACAUUGAUAAGACCUCCAGGACAACUGAACUGAAUUCACCAAGCUACUUAAUUUAUAUAUGACACAAAUUCAAUCUUUGGUUCAAAUCUAGCUUGGGAUAUAAGAAUCUUUUGUAUAUCAUUAUAGUUGUACAAUUCGCAGUCAUAUAUUUUUUAAAAGAAGUAAUCAUCCACAGAUAUAUCACAACAUUUAUAGUUAAAAAAGAGGCUAUCUGAAAACGAUCGGACCAGUAUUUGUUGCCUAUACAAGGUAGUUAAGCCAUUUUAGCUUUUUUUAAACUUCUGCUCUCCAGGGUUGCCUUCAGAAUGAUCACAGCAUAGCAAUUGAUAUUACUAAUAAGGCUCUUGUUUCUAGACUCUUUGAUUGUAUGAAAGUACAGGACUAACUUAGUUUUUUUAAUGACUGAUAUAAACUGAAAGCUAAAUUAAGGGUGCAUGUUGGAGGUUUUGUGACCCAGAAAUGGAGCAAUAGCCCCUGAAGUUGGCAAAGCACUGGCUUCUGUGCUCAUAAUGCCUGGUCACAGCUAGCCACAUUUUGAACUAACUGCAGUUCCCAAACUGUCUUUGGAGGUAGCCCAAUAUGUGAUGCAUUCCCUAGUCUAAUCUUUUACAAAUUCUACCCUCAUUUUGUGAUGCCCUGUAUCGCUAUUAGUAAGGGAGAAAUAAAUCCAAAAAUGGAGAUGAGAAUGCAUAUUAGUAGACUUUGAGGAAGUUUAUUUUAAUAUUUCUGGGUUUCUAAAAUUGAAACCUACCUUUUGAAUAGGGUGGAAUAGAAAUCUAAAUACCUUGAUGAAAUGAAUUCUUACUGCUAGUGCUGAAAAGGAUCUUCAUCUGGUAGCAGUGGUUAGUUGCUUUAGUACAUUAUAAUUAUUAUUAUCUGUUUGAAAAAAGAGCAUGUAGUACUGAAAACAACACUUCCAGAUUAUUAUUUUUAAGUAAUGUUUUAAAUUUAGAAGACAGCAUAUCUUCCAGGGAGUUCCCCUUUCUCCCUCCUUCAAAGUGUUUUGUGUUUCAGAGAUAUGUCACUUAGGCUAGUGAAAUAUACCAUAACUUUCUGCAUCCUUUCUGAGCAACAUAAACUCUAAUUUCUGGCUAAGUCCCAUCUUAAUAGACUUAAGUGGCUUUUUGUUUUGUUUUUCCAUGCAGGUACUGCUCAUUAAUCACCAUCAGUGUGGAUCUGAAGAAGACUUAAUUACCUAAUUUUUGAGUAUGUUUAACUUCAGAUACACACAGCAUAGCAACUUAUCCCUUUAGGUUCUUAGAAGGUAGUUAUUCUUUUUAUAGCCUCAUUUUUGUGACUAUGAUCGUUAUGACCAGUUACAAAAUGAAUGAUUCCGUAUUUGAACCAUUGCAUGCCACUCAGUUCAUGGAAAACCUCCUGGAGGUCUUUUGCAUGCCAAGAUGUUAAAAUGUAAUAUUUUGUAUUUAUGGAGGUAACAAUGUUUGUUAAAGAAACUCAGUUUUUAAAAUCUGCUCAUUUCUGCUCACUAGAGACUAGAAUGCAUCCACCUGCACAUAUAGUUGCUCUACUUUGGUGUUUGGGUUAUUGGCUCUGAUAACCAAGUUGUACCAGUUCUCAGCUAAUUUGUCUUAGAGUUGUUUGGGGCAGCCACAGAAAAAACGAGAGGAAAUUCUGAAGUAUUAAAACAGUGUUAAUAUGAAUAAAUUAAACCACAACCCAAUUGGGUUUGUUGCCUACUAAACAAGAUGCAGAUUUUAAGGGUGUGCUGAGUGCUGCGGUAGGGGAAAGUGAAGUCCUGUUGUACAAGCAGAAAUCCAUUCCUCUUACAUAUAGAUCAUUUUGCAUAGUGCUACAAGGAAUAAUAGUUGCGAACAUUGGGUUAAGCAAUGUAAAAGUGUCUAUUUAGUCAAGUAUUUAUUAUGUGCUUUUUUAGGGCUGGAAAAAAGAGAGAAUUUUGGCUGAGUAUCCUGAUGGCAAGAUAAUAAUGGUACUUCCUGAUGAUCCAAAAUAUGCACUAAGAAAGGUAGAACAAACCUUUAAAAAAAGCUCUAUUCUCUUCUUUGUUUUUCACAUGAGCAAAUAGCUUAGUUAAGCAUUUGUAUGAACUUGGCUCAUAAUUUCAAGUGCAUUUAACAGGUUGGUUCCUGUGUUAACAUCAGCUGUCUGUCUCCUAAUCAGCACACAAAUCAUCAACCAGAAAGACCUGUUACUAGUAGUGUUAUUUUAGUGUUCUCUUUUUGGGUCUAUAUGUAGAUUAGAGAAACUUAAAUAAAGUGAAUGCAUAGGGGCUGACUGUUUAUAAACCUUUCCCUGAGAUUAAAUAUCUGCUGCCUUUGACUAUCCACAUGGACCUGUGGCAUGUAAAGGUACAGAUAUAAUAGAUAUGAAUGGUCCAGUUAUUUUUGAUAACAUCAUGUUUGCUAAAGUGCCAGGCCAGAGCUUGUUAUUGAAUAGAAGUAGAUAAUUAUCCUGACAGGCCACUCCUGAGCUCUGGAAGGAAAAAAUGUAGGAAAAAAAUUCUAACUUACAAGGCCAAGCUGGAACUUACUGUACUCUACUGUAGAGGCUACUUUUUUGAUAAUAGAAAGCAAAAACCUGCAAUUGAGGUGUGAUGUCUUUCCUCCAUGGAAGUAAAACAUGUCAGAACUUGCAGAGAAGAUCUGAAUGAGAAAUAGACUCCGGAAAUAUAACCACUCUUAGUACUGAUUCUGAGGAACUAGGUAGGAAAGCACAUUAAACAGCCUUGUCAUAGGCAAUUAUUUAUUUCCUGAAAUUUUUGCAAGUAGGAGGUUUACUAAGAGAUGAAACAAUAAAAUCACAAACAUACUUUAAAACCUACAAAAGUGAAAAUACUAAAACAGAUUAAAAUUGCCUCAUAGGAAAUAUGCAGGGUUUGUGCAAGCACAGUGCCUGAAUGUAACAGGAUCUCUAUUGAGCGUAACUGAACCCUGUUCUUCUAAACCAGUCUUUCUCAACCUGUGGGUCCCCAGAUGUUGUUGAACUACAACUCCCAUCACCCCUAGCUAGCAAGGCCAGAGCUCAGGGAUGAUGGGAGUUGUAGUCCAACAACAUCUGGGGACCCACAGGCUGAAUCUAAACCAUCUUUCUCACUGGUGUGUGUGAAGUGGUGUACACACAGGAACUGUACCAGGCCAUGUCAGGAAAUAGAAGGCACAUCUGCCAUAUCCCCAUCUAGCCCACCUCAUUUGCCAAAUCAAGGAAGAGGAAGCAGCAAUAUUGCUUUCCUUGACUGAACAGAUUGGGUGGGAACGUGUGUCUAAGUAUCCCUGUGCAUGCAUGCCAAAGAAAGGAGUGGGAAAACAGGGAUCCUAUGGCUUAUAGCUGACUGUCUGUGAAAAGACAGCAUUCCUGGUGGAGUACAUUGAAGCUAUUUCCUUUUUAAAUCUUUAGAUUCUUCCUAAACCUGUAGUUGAAGUUGUUAUGUUUUGGAACUUUUUUUCUAGAUGAUGUUAUUCACUAUAUUAAUCAGCUAAAGCUAAUUGCUUGACUAGUGUGGCUCAUUUUCAUUUUGUUAAUGGCAUUUCAUGGCAUUUCUGAGUUCAAUAAUCACUUGAUAAAUAUAAGUAUUUAUGUGGCAGGGCUGAAACUCAAAUUCCCAGAACAAUGAACAACUUGCUUUGGAGUUCUGUUGAGUUACUGUAACAGGGAACAAGGAAGAAUUACUGUUGUUCAUAUGUCCAACUGUGGGUGGUUAUUUUUAAAAUAAAAAGUUUCCAUAGCCCCUUUUAAUAUUUCAACAAAGACACAAAUUGAUUUUUUUGCGCAGUAACAGAAACAAUCAUUGUUCUUUUCCAAGAUAUUCAUUGUUACACUUUUCUUUAUUUCUUUACAGAUUCUUCAGUAGACCUAGAACUUAUUUUUUAAAAACCUUUUUCUUACUUGUGAAUAUACUGGGUAUAAUUAUAUUAUGCAAUUUUUGGCAGGUUGACGAAAUCAGAGAGAUGGUAGAUAAUGAUCUGGGAUUUCAACAAGCUCCUCUUACAUGCUCCAGAACUAAGACACUGUUAUUUAUUUCUAAUGAUAAAAAAGUAACAGGAUGCUUAAUCGCCGAACAUAUCCAAUGGGUGAGUAAGGCUGUGUCCAGAACAAGUUUUUUCUUCAUUCAUUGGGUGUUUUUUUAAAGCUCUCUUCAUUUUUGUAGUAUUUUCUGUGGGUAGGCUAUACUAUAAAGAGCAUUAUUUGCAAGUGGCUCAGUCUUCUGAGUUAUGUUGAAGGCUGGUUUUUGGCUUUUGUUCUGUUUUUAAACUUCCAUAUGCUUCUUGACACAGCUGGCAGUAACCCUUUCUGUAAUGGGCAAUGUGAACUGUUUGCGGAGGGAAGGAGUAGCAUAUGUGAACUGUUUUCCUUUAUAAAAUGAGCUGUUAGCUUUAUGCCUGAAGCAAUCUGGAAUAUCUUCUGUAAGUGGGUUUACUCAGAAUUCUGUCUGUCUGUUGCAAGCUCCAAGCUGCCUGAAGGCAAUGUUCUCUAGUUCUGCUCAGAUAUCAUAAAGAACAUAGCUGGGGGGUGUUUUUUUAAUGAGGUAUUUCCUUCUACCCCAAAACAAUACGUCCGAAUGAGGGAUACUGUCAAGAUGAAUUGUAUGCUGGCGCAGCUGGUCAGAGGACAGACACACCCUGAAGGGGACUGGUGCAGACCAUAUACCCUAAUUAACUUCUAAAGUUCCACAUUGUAGGGAGUGACUGUUGACUCUAGCAGACGAUUUCUCAGUUUGAAACACGAAAGCUGCCUGCUUUUUGUUCUUUUCCUUGCAAUAAAAAUGGCAACGGUGUGAUUGAACAAAAUUCUGAAAGGAGGUAGUGAUGAAAACAUCUAUAAUAGACAAGUUCACCUUACAUUAGCUGUUUUAGUGCACUUUGCAUUGGUAAAGUAUGCUGAAGCUAGGUUUGUUCUCUAGGGAUACAGAGUUAUCGAAGAAAAGAUACCAGAAGUUAGUUCAGAAAACGAGAAAGUCACAUUUGAAAGGCAAAAGGCUUGGUGCUGCUCAACGUCUCCUGAGCCUGCUAUCUGUGGAAUUAGUCGCAUCUGGGUGUUUAGCAUGAUGCGUCGGAAGAAAAUUGCUUCUCGGAUGUUAGAAUGUUUGAGGUAAACAUUUAUAUUGUAUUUUAGUAUGAAAUGUGUUAAGUAUAUGACUGGAGUCCCCAUCAUGGUGCCUGCAGGCACACAUACACCAUCCCUGAUACCCACGAGAGGAUCUCAGUCCUUAGAAACAAACAAAAACUAGUUGGUUGAAGGCUUUUUCCACCUCUGCUGUCUGUUAAGAAUAGUUCCACUUUCUUUGGCCUCUGUACAGAGUUUUAAAAUGCCCUACAAUCUUUGCCCUUCGCUUCUCAAUUCUAGCCAGAGGUAUGGAGAGAAUGUGCUGCGAUGGAUGUGUCAAUAAGGAACAAAAAGAUAGUGUUUGUGAAAGGGAAGUGGCAAGGCACAUUUUUAGCAGCAAUAACCACAGGGUUUCCCUCCCCCCUUCUGUGGGGAGGGAGUGGGAGCUUUUUGGAUCUCCUCCCCAAAGAAAGUCCCACGAGAAAGGGCUAAAUGACGGGAGCAAUUCUGUAGUUCUCUCCAUCCAAAUAAGCCACAGGCCUCAACAGCACCCCACAGCUGUGGCUUUCCCAGUUGGGUGGACAUAUCUUAUAGUAUUGGAUAGACUAUUUUUACAGAGCAGUUCAUGGACCCAAAGCCCAGUUCCUCAUGAUUUUCACAAGGUACCAGCUGAAAGCCAGCAUCAAAUCACAGAUCGCAUUGACGUCCACCAGAUUUGUGGAACAUGGCAGGUGCUGCAAGGGGUAGAUUUUGGAGGAGGAAAGGGGGAAUCUCAUUCCACUCUUGGGCAGGACACAGUUGAAUAGUGCCCAAAAUAUUUAGCAUUUUAUAUAGUCAUCUGAAUACUCUAAAGUGCUUCACAAAUCAUAAUAUUAAUCUAAAUAUUUACUUUUUAUGUUUGCAAGCAUGCUUAGUCAGCCAGUCACAUCUUUCACUUUAUUUGCUAUUAUUGGAAGCCUUCUGUUUUAUCGUAACUAUGAGUCCAGAGAGUAGAUAGUCAAAUUUCAAAAGUUGUGUGAACUGCUGUAAUUUCUCUUCUUACCCUCUCCUGUGGUCUUUAAAACUGCUUUUUCAAAAACAUGGAAUAGGGUAGCAUUUGAUGGUGCCAGUUGUUUCACUUGAUUGAUGGGGAUUACGGUAUUUGAUCAAAUAGCAUGGUACCCGUAUAUGUUAUGUUAACGCUAUUCCUUUUUAAAAUAUCUUUAAACAGGAGUAACUUUAUAUAUGGCUCAUAUUUGAGUAAAGAAGAAAUCGCCUUUUCUGAUCCUACCCCUGAUGGAAAACUGUUUGCAACACGGUACUUUGGUACUAGUCAGUUCCUGGUAUAUAACUUUCUCAGUGGACAACAACCUGCUUAGAGUGGAAAUUUUAUAGCAAAAUUAUUGCCCAGCUGCAGACAGAGAAUGGGGCACUUCCUAGCAGUUAACUCAGGAGUAGUAACAACCAAAAUGUGGUUGCUGUAUUUUGUUAACUGUAAACAGUACAAAAAGUAGGGUAAUUUUUUUUAAAGGCUAUUUUUAUAUAAAGAAUGUAUUAUAUCUAUAGUAACUUAGUCAUGUUUACAUGCAGUAUAUAAUUGUUCAUAGUGGACUGUCAACUAGUGCAAGAACUGUGGUCGCCUUUAAAGUACAUUUUGAAGUUCACAAUGAAGUAAUAUACCAGGGCAGUGACAGCAUUUCUUUUCAAUAAGAGCCUAUACAUACAUAUCAUCGCUAAAAGAUGUUCUACAGCAUGACAUUGUUUUGUUUCCGUAUACACUUUGAAUGGAAAACAAUGUUUUAAAAAAGACAGUGUUGAAUAGAUUAGCCUGAGAAGAAGGAAGCCCUGACUUUUUUCAGCAAUAGCAUACUUUUUUUGUGGACUUCACUUUGAUACUUUAUCCAAAAUCCCUCCAAUUUCAGAGGGUGCAUAUGUUGAAAAACUGCUGUGGCCUUUCUUGACCUGUAUAUAAUGUAGAUUAAAAGUAAAGUAUUUGAUAAUUUUAAAAUAAUGUACUAAUGCUCAGUAAAUUUAAUCAAUGCCUUUGAUAUGGUUGAAUAUUAAAAGUUGAUUG